AGAGAAGUUAAGUGAAAAAAAAUGGCAGUUUUAGAGGAACCCAUGGUUAAUCACAAGAUAUCACCACCAAAUUCAUAUGGUGCGGUGGUUCUUGGAGGCACCUUUGACCGAUUACACGACGGCCAUCGCCUUUUCCUCAAGGCAUCAGCAGAGCUGGCUAGGGAACGAAUUGUUGUUGGAGUCUGCGAUGGUCCCAUGUUGACUAACAAGCAGUUUGCUGACUUGAUACAACCCAUUGAGGAAAGGAUGCAUAAUGUUGAAAUUUACAUCAAGUCUUUUAAACCUGAACUUGCAGUGCAAGUUGAACCUAUUAUUGAUCCAUAUGGACCUUCAAUUGUUGAUGAAGAUUUGGAGGCUAUUGUUGUAAGCAAGGAGACAGUACCAGGUGGGCUCUCAGUUAAUAAGAAGAGGGCUGAGAAAGGCUUACCACUACUCAAGAUUGAAGUUGUGGAUCUUCUUUCUGAAGAAUCUAGUGGAGAUAAGCUCAGCUCUACCACAUUAAGGAGGCUCGAGGCUGAGAAGGCUCAGAAAGCAGAAAUCAUGGAAAAAGAAACCAACCCGAUGAUCGUGUGAGAUAAGCUUAGUUCAAUGACUUUAGGGAAGCUUUAAGCUGAUGCAAUCCAGAAAUGACGAUGCUCCUCCAUUCGGUAAAUACCGCACGUGAUGUCACAGACGUCCUGUAACUCUGUUGUGAUAUGAUCUCUACGACUUUGUUUUAUGGAAUGCUAAUAAAAUGAAGGAAUGUUGUAAAUGGACAUAUAGAUUUUCCACACAAUAGCAGAGGAACCCCUCCUGCCCCUCCUCAAAGUUGUAUUUGAAGAACUUAAAGUGGAGAUUCACACGGGCUGUUGUAAUCACAACUUCCUUAGUAAUGUUUCACUUGGUAGAGGCAGUAAUUCAACUGUUUUAGCUUUCUGUUA